AUGGAUCACGAGAUCAAUUCGCAUGAGGCCUUUGGUGAUGGGAACCCCAAAGAGAGCAGUCCUUUCAUCAACAGCAGUGCAGUCAGCGAUGUGGAGAAGAGCCAGCAGUACGACGGCAAGAACAUGGCCCUGUUUGAGGAGGAGAUGGAUACCAGUCCAAUGGUCUCCUCUCUGCUCAGCAGUCUGGCCAACUACUCCAACCUGCCGACAGGCAGCAAAGAGCAUGAAGAGGCAGAGAAUAACGAGGAGGGGGCACGUCCGUCUAAAAAGCCUGUCGCGGCACCACAGCUGGGCACUCUGAUGGGGGUGUACUUGCCGUGUAUCCAGAAUAUUUUUGGGGUGAUCCUCUUCCUGCGGAUGACCUGGAUGGUUGGAAUUGGAGGUGUCUUCGGCUCCUUCAUAAUUGUCUUCAUGUGUUGCUCCACGACAAUGCUCACAGCCAUUUCCAUGAGUGCCAUAGCAACAAAUGGAGUUGUACCAGCUGGAGGUUCGUAUUACAUGAUCUCUCGCUCGCUGGGGCCUGAGUUUGGUGGUGCUGUUGGGAUCUGCUUCUACUUAGGAACCACUUUCGCAGGUGCCAUGUACAUUCUUGGCUGCAUUGAAAUUCUGCUGAUUUAUAUUGUUCCUCAGGCAGCCAUCUUCAAGAUUGAGGGCCUGGAGGGGCCUGAGGCGGAGGCAGCUCUUCUCAACAACAUGAGGGUGUACGGCACCAUCGUACUGAGCUUCAUGGCACUGGUUGUGUUUGUGGGGGUCAAAUAUGUAAACAAGCUGGCACUGGUCUUCCUGGCCUGCGUCAUCCUCUCUAUCCUGGCUGUUUAUGCUGGAGUCAUCAAGACUGCCAUCGACCCACCUGUCUUUCCCGUCUGCCUCCUGGGGAAUCGAACUCUUGUCUCUAAAGGAUACGACAUCUGUGCAAAGGUCAUUGAAAUAGACAAUGAAACUGUCACCACCAAACUGUGGAGGUCCUUCUGUGAUUCUGAUUACCUCAAUGCCACAUGUGACGAAUACUUUACCAACAACAACGUCACAGAGAUACAAGGCAUCCCAGGGGUUACUAGUGGCAUCCUGGCAGAGAACCUGUUUGGUAACUACUUGGAAAAAGGGAUGGUCCUGGAGAAGCGUGGACUUGCAUCAGAUGCAGAUCCAGACAGUCCCAUAACAAGCUCCAACCGCUAUGUCCUGGCUGAUAUUACCAGCUUCUUCACGCUGCUGGUGGGGAUAUACUUCCCAUCUGUCACAGGUAUCAUGGCCGGCUCCAACCGCUCCGGAGACCUGCGUGAUGCUCAAAAGUCGAUCCCCAUCGGCACCAUUGCAGCCAUCACCACCACAUCUACUGUGUACAUGUCCUGUGUGGUGCUGUUUGGUGCCUGUAUAGAAGGAGUAGUUCUCAGGGACAAGUUUGGGGAAGGGGUUAGUGGUAACCUGGUGAUUGGUACGCUGGCAUGGCCGUCUCCAUGGGUCAUUGUGUUUGGCUCCUUCUUUUCCACCUGCGGGGCUGGGCUUCAGAGUCUGACAGGAGCUCCACGGCUCCUACAGGCCAUCUCAAGGGAUGGCAUCAUUCCGUUUCUUAGAGUGUUUGGGCAUGGCAAAGCCAACGGGGAGCCCACCUGGGCCCUCCUGCUCACAGCUAGCAUCUGUGAGAUUGGCAUCAUCAUCGCCUCCCUGGAUUCAGUUGCACCCAUCCUCUCCAUGUUCUUCUUGAUGUGCUACAUGUUUGUCAAUCUAGCCUGUGCCCUGCAGACUUUGCUUAGGACACCAAACUGGAGGCCACGCUUUAAGUUCUACCACUGGGCUCUGUCUUUCCUGGGUAUGAGUUUGUGCCUGUCGCUCAUGUUCAUCUGUUCCUGGUAUUACGCCAUAGUCGCCAUGGGCAUCGCCACCUGCAUCUACAAAUACAUCGAGUUCUGUGGAGCUGAGAAGGAGUGGGGUGAUGGGAUACGUGGAAUUUCCCUGAGCGCUGCUCGCUUCGCUCUCAUGAGGCUGGAGGAGGGACCACCACACACCAAGAACUGGAGGCCUCAGAUCCUUGUUCUGGUGAGUGUGGAUUCUGAGCAGAACGUAGAGCAGCCACGUCUCCUCUCUCUGACCAAUCAGCUGAAAGCAGGGAAGGGUCUGACCAUCGUCGGUACCACAGUUCAAGGAACCUUCCUUGACAACUAUGUUGAGGCACAGAGGGCAGACCAGUCUUUGCGUAAGUUGAUGGAGACAGAGAAGGUGAAGGGUUUCUCUCAGGUGGUCAUCUCCUCCAACCUGCGAGAUGGGACAUCCCACCUGAUCCAGGUUGGAGGACUGGGAGGUCUGAAACACAACACUGUGAUGGUCAGCUGGCCCCGUAACUGGAAGCAGCCCGAGUACCACCUGCAAUUUAGGAACUUCAUUGAGGUGGUUAGAGAGACAACUGUAGCCAGUCUGGCCUUGCUGGUCCCUAAGAACAUCUCCAGCUACCCGUCUAAUGGAGAGCGCUUCACUGAAGGCCACAUAGAUGUGUGGUGGAUUGUCCAUGAUGGAGGCAUGCUGAUGCUUCUGCCCUUCCUGCUACGCCAACAUAAGGUGUGGAGAAAGUGCAAGAUGCGCAUUUUCACUGUAGCUCAGAUGGAUGAUAAUAGUAUCCAGAUGAAGAAAGACCUCAUCACCUUCCUCUAUCACCUGCGCAUUGAUGCUGAGGUGGAAGUGGUGGAGAUGCAUGACAGUGACAUCUCAGCCUACACUUAUGAAAAGACACUGGUAAUGGAACAACGAUCACAGAUCCUCAAACAAAUGCAUCUGACCAAGAACGAGAUGGAGAGAGAGAUCCAGAGCAUCACGGAUUCAUCCCGUGGGUCCAUUCGACGUAAAAAUCCAUCUACCCUGCGCUCCCAGCACAGUGCUGAGGAAGGAACCAGCGUGGCAGAAAAACUAGAAGAGGAGUCUGUGGCUGUCUCCAACCCCAAACAGGUACAGCUGAUCCACAGUAAGAACGCCUCUACACCGACCAGCCCCACAAGCCCCACAUCCCCUGCUGCGCCUGCAGCAGACAAGGGAAAGACCCUUUUAACAGCAAACCCAGAGCAGGGCAAAGACCUCUUCAACAUGAAGCCGGAGUGGGAGAACCUGAACCAGACCGAUGUGAGGCGCAUGCAUACAGCGAUGCGGCUCAAUGAGGUUAUCAUGAAGAAGUCCAAGGAGGCAAAACUUGUGCUUCUCAACAUGCCUGGACCACCAAAGAACCGUGUGGGCAACGAAAACUACAUGGAGUUCCUUGAGGUGCUCACUGAAGGUCUCAAUCGGGUCCUCCUAGUGCGUGGAGGUGGACGUGAAGUCAUCACCAUCUACUCCUGAAGGGCUCUUAAUGUCCUUUACUUUGCCUACAUGGACUCUGCCCUGUCCUGCCUCUGUAUCAUUCCAGGAAAAUCCUCUCACACCCGUCCAGUCACCUGCCACCACGUUGUGCUCAUACUUCAGUGUUUACAGGUGACAUCUGCUCAUGUAGACCUAGCUGUGUCUAUUACUUUCUAACCAUUAGGAUACACAAAGAAUUAUGCAAUAGUCACAUUUUCUGUUCUCGGCUUGUCAGCUGCUAACAGCUGAUGAGGGCUAUGGUUAGUUUUGACGGUUAAAUUUUUAAAAAAAUUAUAUCAUAUUAUUUAAUAAAAGUUUUUUUUAAUUUAUCAGGAUUUACAGCACAAGUAUACAUACAAAAAAAUGUACUAAAGUACUAAAAAAAAUAAAGAAUACAGGGUUAGAAAACAAAAUGCAUAAAAUAGAAGGCUUUCAUUUCUAUCCCCUUUUCUGAUAUGUUUAUUCAGUCCUUUUGCUUUCGCUCCUGGUCCAUUUGUAAAAGAGGAAUGUUUUUUUCUUCAUCGUUUUUCUUAUUUUCUAUUAUUUAUCAUUGAUGUUAUUUAUGUAUUUAUUCAUCUAAUCAUAUCUGUCUUUGUCCUGGUCUGUUUUUGUACUUAAUUGUAUGAUUGGAAGCACACAACUAAUAGUAUUAGAGUACUAGCAAUGACAUUAAUUCAUACUGGAGAAGGUUAGAUGAGGAUCUUCCUAUGUUCAUGUGAAACAUUCACAUUAUUUAACCGUACUAUUAAAAAGGGUAGAGGUGGGAGCUGCAUAUCAAUAUGUGCAUAAAUUCCCAAAACAGACAAAGACCAAUUGGAUCGGAUAGAUUUAUCACUUGUUUGCAUUUGUUUAAUUGUCCUAAAAUGCAGUGGUGAUAUGUGCAAUUUGCAGUUUAUGAACAUCCUCAAACUCGUCCUUGUUAUUGAUUUAUUUGUCGGUACCUCUCUCUUAUUGCUCAGAGCUUGACAGAAAUUCAGAUCAGAGGAAAAUUAUUUGCUGCAGAUUGUCAUGAUGCCAAACCUGUAUAUUUGACUUCUUUAUCCCUCUCAGUUGGACAAGGAUCAUAUACACUGAACGGACUCUAGGACAUGCUGUAAUACAGUAUAUAGACAGCCUCUGAACUCAGCGAUGGCCACUGUAAAUGCUGCACAUUAACAAAUCGAUUGACAUGUAUUACCUCCAGUGUUCUACAGGUUUGUGGCCAUGUGUCCCAGUGUGUCCGGAGAACCAGAGAAGCAUCUGGAAAAUGUCCUGGGGUAGAUCUUGUACUAGCUGAUAUGAAAUCUGCAUUUUAUCUCUGGACAAAAAUUGUUUAUAUUACUUGCUUUUCUCUAUUGGAUUCUGCCAAAAAAAAAAAUCCUCUUCACAAAUUGUAAAUUGAUAAACCUUAGUUGCAAACUAAAUGUGCCAAUGUCUAAUGUAAAAUGUUUUUGAUACUCUCUUUUAGAAGUCUGAGAGGUUUAAAAAAAAAAAAAAAGCACAAUAUAUCAGCUUAAGUAAAAUCUGAAAGUAAAAUUUACUCAGAUUUUAGACAUUUUAGCCAUGUCUACUACUUGAUAGAUGUUUCUGAAACAAUCUUAUGUAAAUUAUACAAGAAAUAGUUAAUAGAGCUUAAGAUUUUAUUUAUGCCAUGUCACAUUUGUGAACAGAUAUUAUACAACAUGAACCAUAUAAGAUAUUUAUAGGUGUCAGAGGCACAAAAAUAUAUUGUCUUACACAUCAGCUGUAUGUUAUAAAUUUUAUCUCAGAUAAGUUAUUUUUUUUAAUGGUAUGGUUCAGAUAAAAAUAGAUUUACAAAUGUUAUUUAUUUUAAUAAUUUGGAAAAAUGCUCUAUUUCAUAUAGGGUGGGUGCACAGUAUUAAAGACAUAAUUCGACAUUUUGGGAAAUACACUUCAAUAAAAAAAACUGAUACCACGCUCACGCAUUUUUGUAUGCUAAAAAUGUAGCUGUAGCUUGGAAAUAAUAAGCUUAGCUCAGCAUAAAGACUGGAAGCAGGAAACAGCCAGCCUGGCUCUUUUUAAAGGAAAAAAAAAAAAAAAAGUCCACCUACCCAGUGCAGGCUGCAUUAUUACCAUACAGACAUGAAAGACACACGAGAGACAUCAAGCUUCUCAUCUAAGUCUAGGCAGCAAAGUAUAUAAGCAUACUUCCCAAAUGUUGAACUACUAUUUAAUUUUAAUGCUGGGGCAUAUACAGAACCUGACCUCACCAUACACACAUUAAUAUGUCUUCUUCAAGAAAUCACGAAUUACAUUUCCUGAUCUGAAAACUUUUGUAUUUGAUCCAUAAACAGUUGUGUAAGUCUGCAGGUACAUAUAUCAGUCACUGGUCUGCACAAGUUUCAAGUCACAAUAUUUAAACUCCCUCAUCCAGAGUGUGUGUAUAAAAGUUGUGACUACAUGCUCGUAUGCUGUGUGUGUUUGUGUGCUCAUGAACCUAAUAUCAUGGGCACACUUGUUUAAAUGAGGACACUGUGUGUAGUUGAAUAUGGAUAUCAACUGAAAAUGGGACAUUUGUAAAUAGACCUGUGAUUUUAGGCUUAGAGAUAACGUGUAAUAUGUGUGUCAGUACAGCUUUUGUAGAUAUAAAAUAGGCAGUUUGUAUUGUCUUUUAAAUGGUAAACAAACUUUAUUUUAUGUUCUACAAUGUCUUAUGCGAUUAUGUACAAUUAAUGGUUUGGAGAAACCAUUUUGUAUGUCGGCACAAAAUGCAAUAAAUUAAAAUCAUUUU